AUGGGCCACACUGCAAAAGAAUGUGUAACCCUGAAGGACAAAAUUGAGGAACUAAUCCGUGCAAGGCAAUUGAAAAAGUAUGAGCGGGUUGACCGUCCCCACACGUCCACAGACCGACCCAGUCCAAGACUAUCCAGCUCUAGGAAACCCGAGAGGCAUGGAAGGAUCAGAAGCAAUCAGGUCGACCGUUCCCGGUCAGAAAGGCGACGAAGCAGAAGUCGCAGCAGAAGCCACAACCGUCCUCUACGAGGACACAUCAAUACAAUAUAUGCCGGUUUCGCCGGCGGGGGAUCUUCUUCAUCCGCCCAGAAGCGUCAUGUGCGGGCGUUACAAUCUAUUCACUCGGUGGACAAACCCCAGCGGACGAUGCCCCCCAUUAUGUUUUCAGAUGAAGACUUUCACGCCCCUGAUCCCGACCAGGAGGAUCCAAUGGUCAUAACGGUGGAAAUCGCCCGGUACAGCAUGAGCAAGGUAUUGGUGGAUCAAGGGAGCUCGGUGAACAUCCUCUAUUGGAAAACCUUCCAGCAAAUGGACAUAUCAGAAGACCUGAUCGUCCCAUAUAACAAACAGAUUGUGGGAUUUGCAGGCGAGACGGUCGACACCAGGGGAUAUGUAGAUUUGCGUACAAGACUGGGAAUCGGUCGGAGCAGCGAGGAGAAGAGGGUAAGAUACUUGCUGGUGGAGGCUAACACUUCCUACAACGUACUACUGGGUCGUCCGUGUCUGAACGCCUUUGGAGCAAUUGUAUCAACCCCCACCUCACGAUGA